AUGACCUAUACAGAAGCGGAUAUUCCAUUGCGAGCUCCGCGAUUAUUACAACUCUCCGCCAAUGUUGUCGCCGCACAUUCCAGUACGCUUUUGGCACAUGCAAAAUCUAAUAUAAGUGAAUAUAGCAACCAAUGUCGUUCACAACAACAGCACCAGCAUCAGCAAGAGCAACGAAAUGUUAGCAGUGGUGCAGAUACCAUAUUUCAACUUCCUUUGCCAGCAAGUACUGCUGUUUUUGGUUCUUUGCGAGAUCAAUGGAUUAAAACGGGUGUAACACCAACUGCUGCUUUAGAACAAUUCACGGAAGCGGCACAUUUGCCUUUAGACAGUUUACCAUUAUCACGCGCUCAUCUGACCGAUCGUCUGUUGGCCAAUUUAGUGGCAGCACACCAUGAGCAGUUGACGUCCCUCGAUAUAUCUGAUACACAGGGGAUUGUUGGCCAUGAAUUUAAUAGGGUAUUGGAAGAAAAGUCGGUCCACUUAGAUCAACUUAUAUCAUUAUCAAUGACCUCAUUUGAAAUCCUUCGUAUACCAAUGAUUAUUGUCCCUCCUCGUAAAACUGGUGCUAGUUAUUCGACAAGUGGUUCGGGCGGCACAUUACCAAUACUUUCCGAAGAAGAUCUUGUUGGUUCCAGCAUUGAUAUAAAUAUUGAUCAUUACAUGGAUACUUCGGAUAGUGGUCCAACAUCUACUUCAAAUUGCCGUUCUGCUUCCGAAAAUAGCGAACUAACGGAAGCACCUACACCUAGCCCUACGAUUGAAAUACCGACAUUCACGUUACGCUGUCCAAAUAUUCGUUCACUGACUCUUCAUCGGAAACGCAGUCACUGUGAAAAUGAUGAAUCAGUAAAUGAAUUUUUAAAUCGUGUUUUAUUACCGCUGAAAAAGUUGGAACGUUUGGAUCUUUCCUAUUGGCAACGAGUCGAUGAUUUGCACUGUUUGCAUCCUCAUUCACUUUCAACACUUAUUCUCUACGAUGUGCCGGAUCUUUAUCGUGCUAUGGAUACCAUUGUACAGAUUACUACUCUUAAAUUUUUAGAUUUAUCGCAAAGUACAAAAGAAACCGGUACAUAUCCACGUCCAGUAACAGCACUUCACAGAAUUGUUACAUGUUUAAGAUCACUUACUCACUUGGAUAUUUCAUCAACCAAUCUUGCUUCACAACCGUCUACUUACGACCGCCCCGUAAAAGGAACAACAUCUGUCAGAUCGGAUAUCUAUGGUCUUCGUUGUUUGGGAGCACCUCUGGAAUAUUUGGGCUUGUUUAACUGUGACAGUGCUUCUCAUUUCGCUGAAAUACCGGCAAAAAAUGCGAGUUUCUUCUUUUUUAACAAAAUUACUUUCAGAACAUACAAAUCUUUAUCAUCGAUUGCACUUGGUUUAUCAAAUAUUGCUGGUGACAAAGAUGAAAAACAAAUUCUACUUGCUCUUCGAAUGUACAGUCAACGUGCUGGUUUACUACAAGCAGUUUUAAAUGAAAGUUAUCAACUUUAUAGAUUUGGACAUAAUUUAAAUCGACACACCGAAGCUUUGCAUCUUGUUUUGGGUGCUAUGCAACGCCAUCUGGAAGACAGUACACUACAGAUCGCUGGAUCAGCCUCAUUGUUUUAUAUAAUUCGCAAAGUGAGUAUGAAUCGUGAUACAAAACGAAUGGUUGUCACCGCGUUGUUGGAUGGAAUGGAUGCACAUAUGGAAGAGCAGGUAAUGGUUCGAAAUUGUUGUUUAUCACUUUGCCAAUUUGAAAUACCGCUGGAAAUCCUUUUCGAUUAUGGUCGUGUAGCGCGUUUGCUCGUUGCUGUAUUGCAGCAUCACAACAGUGAUCACUUAACUCAACGCAUUGUAGUUUUUUUAUUAAAUUCAAUGGCCUGCCAUGUGGAAGGCGAGCAGAAAGUUCAAGUUGGCAACAUUGGUGCCAUUGAAAUUAUUCUGGAACAAAUUCGCAGAAAACAUGCAGCCAGCAUUUGCGAUGAUGUCAUGGAAGUAGGAUGGAGUUUUCUGUGGAAUAUCACCGAUGAAACACCAGUCAACUGUGAGCGCUUCCUCAACGCUGAUGGUCUUCGUUUAUUUCAUCAAUGUUAUCAGCAAUUUCAAAAUGAAACAGAGCUUGUUCGCAAUAUGAUGGGUCUGAUCGGUAAUAUUGCUGAAGUAGAACAACUCCGUGCACAGCUUAUGCUUGAUGAUUAUAUCAAUAUAUUCUGUGCUCUAUUGACAAUGUUAGUGGAUGGUAUUGAAAUUAGUUACAACAGUGCAGGAGUGCUUGCUCAUAUGGUUAGUGAUGGAGAAGCAGCGUGGUCAAAAGUCAGUGUAUCACGUGCAUUUGUCAUGGACAAAAUUAUCAAGGCUACUAAUACUUGGGAUUUGGAAGCGAAAAGAUUCAUAAAUUAUCGAUCAUUUAAGCCAAUUUUGAGGCUCAUACCAAUGUUCGAUGCUCCAGCAAGCCAACAUUGGGCAAUUUGGGCACUUGCCAAUCUAACAUCUACUGAUAGAGAUAAAUAUUGUGCUUAUGUUCUUCACGAGGGUGGUAUCCCUUUGUUACAGCAGGUUGCUAGUGAUGAGCGGUCUUCAGACAAAAUGCGAAGUUUGGCCACCAUUGUCUUGAAAAAUAUUACUGAAUGGGAACGCUCAAAGUAUACACCGCCACCGAACAUAUUGUCAUCAUAA